AUGGUCAAGUCCGCCUACAUUGCCAGCCUUUUGGCUGCCUGUGCCACUCCGGCCGUUGGUCAACUGCACCAACUCGCCGUCAAUGCCGGUCUCAAGUACUUCGGUACAUGCCUUGACAACUCCCACACCAGCGACGCUGCGUUGAUGGCCAUCAUCAACAACAGCGCCGAGGUUGGCCAGCUCGUUCCCGAGAACGGCCAGAAGUGGGCCUACGUCCAGCCUACGCAAAACAGCUUCACCUACACCACCGCCGAUGUCAUCCCCAACCUUGCCACCUCCAAGAACCUCGUCCUUAGGUGCCACACCCUCACCUGGCACAGCCAGCUCCCCAACUGGGUUGCCAACGGCUCGUGGACCAAGGCCCAACUCCAGGCCGUCAUCGAGGCUCACAUCGCCAACGUCAUGGCCCACUACAAGGGCAAGUGCUACGCCUGGGACGUAGUCAACGAGGCCGCCGACGACAGCGGUGCUUGGCGCGACAGCGUCUUCUACCGCGUCAUGGGCACCGACUUCCUGCCCAUCUCCUUCAAGGCUGCCAAGGCCGCCGACGCCAACACCAAGCUCUACUACAACGACUACAACCUUGAGUACAAUGGCGCCAAGACCGACCGCGUCGUCGAGGCCGUCAACAUCAUCAAGGCCGCCGGUGCCCCCAUCGACGGUGUUGGUCUCCAGGGCCAUCUCAUCGUCGGCAGCACGCCUUCUCGCGCUAACCUUGCCACUGUCCUCCGCCGCUUCACCGCCCUUGGCGUCGAGGUUGCCUAUACCGAGCUUGACAUCCGCCACUCCUCCGUCCCCGCCUCCUCCUCCGCCCUCACCACCCAGGCCAACGACUAUGCCAACGUUGUCGGUUCUUGCCUUGACGUCACCGGUUGCGUCGGUGUCACCGUCUGGGGUAUGUCGGACAAGUACUCGUGGGUGCCCUCGACCUUCAGCGGUGCGGGCGAGGCUCUCCUCUACGAUUCCAACAUGAACAAGAAGGCCGCCUGGACUGCCGUCUCCAGCGUUCUCGCCGCCAAGGCUACCGGCACCGCCAAGCCCAGCAGCACCACCACCACUCUCGUCACUUCCACCAAGGCCACCUCCACCACCGCCGCGCCUGCCACCACCACCACCGCUUCCUCUUCGACCGGCCAGGCUCGCUGGGGACAGUGCGGCGGCAUCGGCUGGACCGGCCCUACCACCUGCCAGUCUCCUUACACUUGCCAGAAGCAGAACGACUGGUACUCUCAGUGCCUCUAA